UGCUAUCAUGUGAUUCUAACUCGCUUCCUUACAACACCCUGAAAACAUCGUAAGACCUGUUUCUGUUAUUCAGGUGACUUUAAGAAGAAAAUGGAGGGGCUUGUCAGAACGUCUAUGAGCCCAACAUCUGAAGUGGUCGCUGAUUUCAGAGGGAAUGAUGGAUCCAUGGUUUCCGCACUUAAAACAUUGCUGUUUUUUACAGUUUUAAUGGUUACUGUGCCAAUAGGGUUAUACUUUGCCUCAAAGGCGUAUAUCUUUGAAGGUUCACUGCAGAUGUCCAACACAGAUAGCUAUUUCUAUGCUGCUAUUGUAGCAGUUUUGGCAGUACAUGUGGUCCUAGCCCUUUUUGUUUACGUAGCUUGGACUGAAGGUUCGUCACAGAGGAGGAAAGGCAAACAUGAUUAGACCAGGACAGUAAAUGUACACGUUCAUCUGCAUUGCCAAUCUAACCUUUAUUUUCAGUGAAGGUAGGGAAAGGUUUAAGUUGACGGUAUUAUUAAGCUUUUAGGAGGUAUUCACUUGCAGUGGUUAAUGUGUGUUUGGGUACAAAAUACAAAUGCUAAAAAAAUGGACAAAAGUUAACACCAAAUCCUUUGUCUGAUUUCAUUUAAUUAAGUCUUUCUUUUUUAUGCAGUUGUUUUCUUCUAUGAUUGUCAUUUUGGGAUGCAACAAUUUCAGAAUUCUGAAUCUGUGCCGAAAUAUUACUUACAGUAUUAGCCCCAUGUCGUCACCGGUGCUGAUAUUUUUGGUUUAUUAGAUCUGAAUCAUAAAUAUGGAUAAUUGGUUCACAUAAAUACAUACAUUUAGCAAGUGUAUGACAAGUGUGUCUGAUGCAAACACACGCUGUUUAACAUGUCACUGGUCCCAAACAAUGGCAUCCUAGUGUUCAGGUUAUAUGGGAAUAAUACUGUGAAGAUAUAUAUAAUCAGGAAUAUGUAUAUGAUGGAACAAACUGUUGUCUGUCAUUCCAGAUGUGGCUAGAUGUUAUUGUAAUAUCGAGUGUGUUUGGAUGCUUUGAUGUGCAGACAUUCCCCAACAUUUUGUUGAAUGUGUUGUUUAUAUACUGUUGUGAUCAGUAAAAUAUGUGUCAGUUUCAUA